GAGCCGGAUAAAUCCGUCAUCUCAACUCUUCACCGGUUGAACCCUCCCGUGACUGCCGCGCCACAAACGCAAGUCAGCAGUAGCCAAGAAGGUAAGAAAGCUAACCCCUUUGAUGAUUGGGGCCGGCCAAGGAGAUCUUCAACGGUCUCUCCCUGCAAAUAA